UAAAAUUCCAAACAAAAAGGCAACACCUACACCAGACUCCUCCAAGUCAAAUAAAUAUAAACAAUUAAUAAACAAAUAAACUCAGCAAAAAAGCAAUACUAUGGAAAUGGAUUUGUUGUACAAGAAAAUCGUCAAAUCGAAACGUCAAAGAGAACGUAAUUGGGAUCGAGAAGAGAAGAAAGCUCUAAUAAGACUGGCCCAGCGUUAUCGGCCCAUAAUUGACAACAAGGGCAACGAUAAUGUCUGGGUCCGUCGCAAGAACAUUGCAUGGGAGGCUAUCCACAGGGAAAUGGUUGCCGAAGGCUUCCGUCGGGGUGUCAAAAGCGUACGACAACAAUGGGCUCGCGCAAAACGUGAAACAGUGCGAUCACAGAUGAAAAUUGUCAACGAAAAAUUAGACUUAGACGAUAAUCUAGAGCCAGACCAACCAGAGCAUGGUGCUUCGACAAUAAUUCCAAAAAAAGAGAAAGACUUAGAUCCCCUGGGACUGUGCAUAAUAAAGACAGAAGAAUAUGAACCUCAAGAGAUGGUUAUCGAUGAUGGCUUAGAUGAGGCUUGCGAAGAGAACGACAUAGUCGAUUCAAUUUUAACUGCCGUUCCGAGCCCACACUAUGACUAUGCAGAAAGUUCAGGCAUAGGAUCAACAACUUCACCCACCUCCACUAAUGUGUUCCUCAAGGAACCCGCCCUGCCUCAUCUUCCAACAGAGGAAUCGAAGUUGCUGCCCAACAGAUUCGGCAGUUGGAAUGUUGUUCAUGCUCGCCUGCAACAAAUCGAAGCCGAAACAGCUCAGAAGACUGAAAUGCAUGCCCUCGAAGUAGCUCAAAAGAAGGAAAUCCACGACUUGCAAGUCCGAUUGCUGCGCGAACAAAUCGAACAGCAAAGGAAACUCUUCGACGCCCAAAUGGCCAAGUUGAAAGUUAAAAAACAUUCUUAAUUUAUUAUAAAUUUUAGUUUUAGAAUAAAAAUUAUAAACAUAGGUGACCAGAAAAAACUUAA